UCCCGGUGACAGGCGGCAACACUGAAGCCUCGCCUCGCCUUUUCCAAGUCAAUCUGCUGACAGGAUUUAAUAUUGAUGCCGCAAAGAGGACGCCAGCAUCCCUUCAAGGCUUCCACUGCUGCUCUUCAGGAAUUUAAAGCGGCUGCCACUUGAUUAACUGCCGGCUGUGACGCACGGGGACCCACUCCUGGAUCCAGGGAUUGUCUGUCCUCACUGGGCUGUGAGGCACAGCUCGGUUCACCACAUCCAGCUCCUGUACAACUUCUCACUGAAGACGGCGACGACAAUGUGACUACUGGGCUCUGCCAGAACCAUGUGACCCGCUAGUAUGGAUGUGAGAAUCGCCACACACUGAAUUAACUCUCAACCAGUCACAAUGGUUCCCCUUCUGUUUUUGGUGGCAACCACGACGACGUCUAAUUCCACUGGCAAUGGCAACCAUACAAAAGAAGACGUUACAAACUCCAAUCACCACAUCCUUCCAAUUGCGCUGGUUCUGUUCUUGCUGCUGCUCAUCGUCGUGCUGUUGGCCUGGUACUUCCUCAGGUUAAAGAAACAGAGGGAAGCAGCUGUCACAACAGUUGACAACAAGAAAAUACCAAAUGGCAUCCUGGAGGAACAAGACCAACAGACGGCGGUCCUUCUGCCCAGAUCUGCCUCGGCCUCUAAGACCUACUUCCCCAUCCUAGUGGACCACCUGGAGGAGGAGUACCGGCUCCGCUCAGCCGAUGAUGGCAAGCUCUUCAGGGAGGAAUACAAUUCUUUGCCAGGGGGUAAUGCCCAGGGGACGUACGAGGAGGCCAAUAAGGACGAAAACAAGGAGAAGAACAGAUACCCCAACAUCCUUCCUUAUGAUCAUUCCAGAGUGGUGCUGUCUCAGCUGGAGGGAAAUCCCUGCUCAGACUAUGUGAAUGCAUCUUAUGUUGAUGGUUACACAGAAAAGAAUAAAUUCAUAGCUGCACAAGGUCCAAAAGAAGACACUGUGGCAGAUUUCUGGAGAAUGAUAUGGGAGCAGAAAGUAGCAACUGUUGUCAUGCUGACAAAUUUGAAAGAAAGAAAAGAGGACAAGUGUCACCAGUACUGGCCGGACCAGGGCUGCUGGACAUACGGGAAUGUGCGGGUUGCGGUCGAAGACUUCACUGUCCUGGUGGACUACACCAUACGCAAGUUUUGUGUGCAAUAUCAGGCCAGCGAUGCUGCUAAGACUCCCCGUCUGGUCACUCAGCUUCACUUCACCAGCUGGCCUGAUUUCGGCGUUCCUUUCUCUCCCAUCGGUAUGCUCAAGUUCCUCAAAAAGGUCAAGGUUGUGAAUCCACCCUUCUCCGGGCCGAUCGUGGUCCACUGCAGCGCUGGUGUCGGCAGGACAGGAACCUUCAUUGUAAUAGACGCCAUGAUCGACAUCAUGCACGCGGAGCAGAAAGUUGAUGUGUUUGGGUUCGUCUCCAAGAUACGAGAGCAGCGCUCGCAGCUCAUCCAGACAGAUAUGCAGUACUCAUUCAUCUACCAGGCCCUGCUUGAAUACUACCUCUAUGGAGACACAGAGCUGGACGUGUCGUCUCUGGAAGGACAUCUGCACAAACUGCACAACACCUUUGCAGACGGCGACCGCGUUGGCCUGGAGGAAGAAUUCAAAAAACUGACCAACAUGCGAAUAAUGAAAGAGAACAUGCGAACGGGGAACCUUCCUGCCAACAUGAAGAAGAACAGAGUCCUGCAAAUUAUUCCAUAUGACUUUAACAGAGUUAUCCUUUCCAUGAGAAGAGGCCAAGAGUUCACAGAUUACGUCAAUGCAUCUUUUAUUGACGGAUACAGACAGAAGGACUACUACAUAGCCACACAGGGCCCUCUGACUCACACCGUGGAGGAUUUCUGGAGAAUGGCGUGGGAAUGGAAAUGUCACUCCAUUGUCAUGCUCACUGAGCUCCAGGAGAGGGAGCAGGACAAAUGCUGCCAUUACUGGCCCACGGAGGACUCGGUCACCUACGGAGAUUACACUGUCGAGCUGAAGGGAGACACGUUGUGUGAAACCUUCAGUCUUCGAGACUUGGUACUCACCUUUGUUCCGGAGAAGCAGACAAGGGUGAUCAGGCACUUCCACUUCCACGGCUGGCCUGAGAUUGGCAUCCCGGCUGAGGGGAAAGGCAUGAUUGACAUCAUCGCCUCGGUGCAGAGACAACAGCAGCAGUCUGGGAACCAUCCCAUCGUCGUACACUGCAGUGCUGGUGCAGGGCGAACCGGUACGUUCAUUGCACUGAGCAAUAUCUUGGAGCGAGUCAAAGCAGAAGGCCUGCUGGACGUGUUCCAGACUGUGAAGAGUUUACGCAUGCAGAGGCCUCAUAUGGUCCAAACUGUGGAACAAUACGACUUCUGCUACAGGGUGGUACAAGACUUCGUCGACAUUUUCUCAGACUAUGCCAAUUUUAAAUGAUGAGAUUUGCCUUAAACGUGGUUUUAAAUGUUGUUUUUUCUAAAGCGAGUUUGUCAGUUUUAUGCGUUUUCCUUAACUUGGUCAAAUGAUCUUCUAUUUUGCUAUGCACUCGUCCGUCCAUUAACUCAAGCUCCUUUCUUGCUGUGAUAUACGGUCUGUCAGAGGAUAUAUUUAAAAAAGAAAGAAAAAAAACAAACAUGGAUUAAUAAUGUAAAUUUCUACAACAUGUAUGAUAAUUACUUUGUCCAUGAGGUGUAGCUUCAAGGUUUGUCUCUGAUUUUUGUUUUGUUGUAUAAUAAUGUACUUUAAAUGUUUAUGUUUAAGUAUCACAUUGCAUUGACAGCAUAUUUUUAAAAAGUUGUAGUUAUUGUAAAUGUAUUUAUGUAUUGACAAUAAGUCUUUUCCUGUGUUUGGAGAAUAUGACAUUAAUGUUAAUAUUUCUUUUUAUUGUUGAUGUUAAUUGUAAACAACCACCAUGCAUCUUUUCAUUUAUUGAUAACUUAUGAAAUUAGAGGAGAUACGGAAACUUUUUUCCCCCCCACGCUGUUCAAGAUACAAGCCCAUCGUGAAUGUGACGCUCGAUAAUUGAAAUGUCCGAAAAAGAAUGACUUCAGCCAUCAUGCUUUCAGAUAUGCAACAAAAGGCCGAGUUGACUCCUUGGUUGACUUUUGAAAACCGAUGCGGUCAGACAUCUCAGUCAGAUGCAUGGCAGCGACGUUGUGAAAGGAAAUUAAAGCGAUGAUGUACCUCAGAGUGGUACUGUAUGCAACUACAUUUAACGUGGAUGUAACAUUACUACAGUCUGCCUUCUGUCUGUGGACAGCAAAGAAAACAUAUUUUGCUAAAAUGACAGCACAUUUAAAAGCACAUGACUAAGCCUUUCGACUAGAACUUACACGUGAGAGAUUUUUUACAAAUUUGUGCCAUAUAUACUUUAA